UUUGCGUCACCUGUAUUCAGUGCUGCUAACAUUCUCCAAGUGUCAAAGCGUUCUUAGAAGUGCGUGUCUCGUCAACUUCGGUGACUCGUCAGUCCCCGUUCCUUUUUUUUUUGUUAUGUGUGUGUUUGUGUGAAGGAGUAUUAUUGGAGAACUCAAUUCUUCUACACGCCUACGUCGACUGGAAUACUUCGUCUGGGAAGCGCCUGAACGUCGGCUCUCCAGAAUCCGUUGCCGACGCCCACGCGAUUCUGAAAUCGUUGCCAAGUUUUCUUCACUUAGUCUUCACUGCACCACCUUUCUGUCAUGCCCUCCGCACUGGCCCUUUUAAUAGCCAUCAGGCUGCUUGCGCUAGUCCACCGUGCUGGUUCAGACGACCUGGUACCCGACCUCUGCCACCUUAUUGACCAGCCCAUGUACUGCCGUUGCGACACCGGCGAUGAGGACGAAGUAGCCGAAGUCACGUGUUACGUGGGAAGAAAACUUCCGAUGGAUCAUAUUGUCUUUCAGUCAUUCGAACAGCAACCGAGCGUCGUCUCCGUAGCGUUCACAGCGUUCGGUAGCGAAUAUAAGCUCGACUUUGUCCCGACGUUGGCAUUGCUCCACAUGCCGCAAAUCGAGCGCGUCAAGAUUUCCCAAGCGGAGCUGGGAGACGUCAAGCCACACGCGUUCCACAACCUGUCGCGGAUCGCCGUCCUCUCAUUGGACUCAAACGAGAUCACCAGCUUGGACGCCGACGCCAUAGCGGACCUUCCACGCCUCAAGAAACUAGAACUCGCGGACAACAAGCUGAGAAGGUUGCGGGCCGGCUCUCUCAAGAACUUGCCCUCCCUGACGCAUCUCUUCCUAGAGCGCAACCGGCUGGAACUGGUGGACGACGGCGCAUUCGAAGACCUGGGUGCCCUUCGCGAACUGGAGCUGAGUGACAACGCGAUCCAGAAGCUUAGCGAGCAAAGCUUCAGGGGUCUGGAGCGCGUAGCGAGGCUCGACCUUUUCCGCAACAAGCUGACGCGCCUCGAGGCCCGCGUGUUCAGCGCCAUGCCCCAGUUGGCCGAGCUGGACCUCAAGUACAACGAGCUGUCCGAGGUCGACCCGCUGGCCUUCGAAGGGCUGCCGCAACUGACGGUGCUCUACAUGUCGUACAACCGACUGCGUGUACUGCCUGCGCAUAUGUUCCGGGGAGCUCCCAACCUGGUGUCCGUGGACCUGUCCCAGAACCAGCUGCUCACGCUUACAUGGAGGACGGUCCAGGACCUGGCGAAGAUCGACGCCGAGUCCUUCGACAUGAGCCUCACCGGCAACAAGUUCAGCUGCGACUGCCGGUUGGCCUGGAUCCUACACCUGGAGAAAGCCACGCGCAACGCAAAGUUCCGGCGAGAACUGCGCCACGUCAAGUGCGACUUCGAAGACGCCUCGGCUGCCAACGCGACCAUCGGUGGCAGCAAAGUGGUCCGGUUGAGCCUGAAACAGCUGGGAUGCACGGAGGACUACGAGCGACCCGCACUGAGCGAUGUCUCGCUCACCACUGACACUCCGGCGUCCGGGCUGUCUUCCGCGAAUCCUUACGAAGACGACUACUACUACGACGUCAGCGAUGACGAAGCAGAAGACGACGAGAACUGGCCCGGAUCACCGCCGCACAGCAGGCAACGGUCGCAAGAGGAGACACAAACCGAAACGAACGAAGUCGAUGUCAUCCUGAGUCAGCAAAAAGCUCUAGAGAAAGAGGCCUCGACGGCCAGCCACAACCUUCCUCACGGCACGUCUUCGAAAAGCGCGCCGUUUCGGGCCGCGAGUCUGCUAGCUUUCACUUUCUUGCUCUCAGUCCGAGCGCGAAACUGCUUCAGGUGAUGACGUUGAAUCUGGAACGCGUGGUUGGUCGUCACGCUUUACUGCACAAAAAAAAAAAGAGCAGAGGCGAGUAAUGUAGCGAUUUGUUCCGCUUAA